CACAAAAAAGAAUCGAGCAAUUUAUCGUAACACCGUAAACCCACCCCACCCCCCAAACAAUAUCCAAUUCCCAUCAUAGUCAAAUUUCUUGACUAAUAUUCUUAAGCAUAGUUGAAUGGUUUAGAGGGAAAAAAGGUCCUUCCCUCAUAUAGAACAAACACACAAGAGAAACAAGGAAGGGCCUUUGGUGCAACAAAGGGGGGGAACCAAAAUGGAAACAAAUCCCUUUCAUUUAAUCAAACCAUUAUUUCACAUCUUCAGGCCAAUAAGGAUGUUCUAAACAUACUUAGUGGCCAGUCAUGAGAACAGCCACCGCAAGUUAUUGGUUGACGUGGAAUUUCUUAUUCUUGGGUUUGGGGGUCAUCGUACUUGUAGGAAUUGCAGCACUCAUAAUAUGGAAGUAUGAAGGUUCGCCAAAGUUGGGAAUCAAGGAAAGAGAUAUUAAGGAAAAAAAGGUUGGGUUCUUGUACAAAGACGAAGCUUGGACCACAUGUCACAAAUCAAUCCAUCCUGCUUGGCUGCUUGCUUACAGGCUAAUUGCUUUCACUUUUCUUCUGUCAAUGCUCUCCUCAGAUGCUUAUAUGAAUAGUUCAGAUAUAUUCUUUUUCUAUACUCAGUGGACAUUCUCUUUGGUCACUAUCUAUUUUGGGGUAUGUUACUCAGCAAUUAAACCAGGGUCUUCGCUCUCCAUCUAUGGCUGUAUCCAAUAUCGAAAGGGUGUUAAUAGUGCAAAAGUUUGUUGCGUUGAUGAAGAGAGAAACGAUUCUCCAACUCUUGAGAAGAAUGCAAGUUUACCUGGCAUAUCCAAGGAUUUGAGUUCCGUUGAGGAAAUUGAUGAUAGAGAACCGGCAGGUUAUUUGGGCUAUCUCUUUCAGAUAAUUUUUCAGGUCUGUGCUGGUGCCGUGGUGCUUACGGAUUGCGUUUAUUGGCUUCUUAUCUACCCGUUUUUCUUGCCCAGUGGUUCCGGAUUGCAAUUUCUAGUUAUUGGUAUGCAUUCUAUCAAUGCUAUUACCCUGCUUGGCGAUGUGAUUCUGAAUUCUCUACGGUUCCCUUUCUUCAGAUUUGCAUAUUUUGUUCUUUAUACAUGCACAUUUGUCUCAUUCCAGUGGCUCGUCCAUAUGUGUGUCUCAAAGUGGUGGCCUUAUCCCUUCCUGGAUAUUUCAUACAAAUAUGCCCCCUUAGUGUACUUGAUGGUUGGUGUGGUUCAUCUCCCUUGCUAUGGUAUGUUUGCCUUGGUGAUAGCAUUGAAGUAUUGGUUAGCAAGAUUGUUCAAAUGGACUAUUAGAAAGCUAUCUGGAGACAAACAGUGAGUUCAAAUACCAUUAAACAAGUCAAAUAACAUUAUUAUUACUGGCAAUGUCUUUUUUUCUUUAAAUUCUUAGUGUUGCUCAGAUAAAUGAGCUAAGCAACACAAGCUAUUCUAUUCAUACAUUUUACCCUCACCCCGAGUUCGAGAUCAUCAUGUAUAUAUAUAUAUGUGAUUUUUUCUGUUAUAUCCUCGAAACCAUACGAAACUAGAAAGAAAAUGGGAAUUGUGCCUCUCUUCCUUUACUUGCAGAACCGGUUUUUUUGAGUCUGGUUUGAUAUGUUGAUGUUGUUGCUGUGUUAACUCUCUUGUAUAAUUACUCGUUGAAGUGAAAUCCGCUUCAGCAUCAACAGACUCGGAAGAAAUGGAAAGAGAUUUUACUCCCAUAUUCUUGAAUCUCGUUUGUAUAUCCUUUUCAUAUAUGAUAUGUUCUACUUGAGUCGAGGGUC